AUGGACCCUUUGCGCCGUCGCACUUCCUUUAGGUCUGAGCGGCAAAAUCUGAUGCGUCAACCCUCUGCUGAAGACCUGGAUGCGGCCCAUCAGCUUGUGUCGUCCGCACUUGGUGAGCGCCACGGUCCCCAUCUGACCCGUGAAAAUAAUGCGGGUGAUGUUGCCUACGACCACCACCCCCUGGGCCAAGCCAGUCGCAGAACAGAAGCCUCUGAACCACCACUAUCAGGGUCCACUGAACAUGCUGAGCAGAGAGGAGAUACUCCGGCUCUGGGUCAAGUCUGCAGCAAUUGCGGGACGACCAAGACCCCUUUAUGGCGACGGUCUCCCACCGGGCACACCAUUUGUAAUGCUUGUGGGCUUUACCUCAAAACGCGAAACGCUCCACGGCCUACAAACUUCAAGCGCCCAAACUCAGCCGCUCCUCCUGAAAGUCCACGCCAGAGGACCACAACAUCCCCGACCGCUUCAGUGGUGUCAGCAUCGGCGCAAAGUCAGCCCUCGGCUAUCCCCUACCGAGUUCCAGAGCACACGAGUGGUUCGUGCCCAGGUAGAGGAGAAUGUAACGGAGAAGGCGGGGCUGAAGGCUGUGGGGGAUGCCCUGCGUACAACAACAGAGUCGCUCGAACCGCCAACACUUCGGCUAUGGCCAACUUAACGGUCGACGACGGCAACGACUCCCAGAGUGAGGCUGGUCUGAGAACUAGCCCAAAUGCAUCAAGCCUUGCCACUCAGCAACAGGCGUCUCCCGGAAAUACGACCUUGCUCGUUGCGUGCAAGAACUGUGGAACAACAGUAACCCCUCUAUGGCGACGUGAUGAGCAAGGCCGUCCUAUCUGCAAUGCGUGCGGCUUGUACCACAAAUUACAUGGGUCGCAUCGGCCGGUACAAAUGAAGAAGUCGACGAUCAAGAGGCGGAAAAGGGUCGUUCCAGCAUACCCAGACGUUAUCAAACCCGGUGUCACUACUUCACAACAGCAACAGUCUGUUUCGCCAGAACCAAGUCGGCCGGCAAGUUCCAGAGAGCCAAUCCUUGUCGACAAUCCGCCGUGGCCAAAGAGGAAACGGGACCCUCCAACGGUAGAUUACACCGGAUACGUGCCUCAAACACACGUGGAUGAAGCCCGGAGCACCACGCAAGACACAAACGAAGACUAUGCCACUCGACUUCAACGUGCAGCGGCGGCAGCAGGAGGUAUGCAACUCGACCCCGCACUAGUAGACGCCGGUCGUAGCCGUCAGGAACACGAUGGUACAGCGCCGCAGGAAUCUGAAGAUAAUAUGAACGUUACGAACGAGCAGGAUCGCGCCGCCUGGAGAGCAGAAAGAAGGGCGCAGCUUAUGCGUGAAGCAGAAGUUAUGAGGGCGGCGCUACGUGCAAAAGAACGUGAGAUCGACGAUCUCACUUGA